GACGAAACGUGUGUGAGGUAUAAAAGCAAGAUAUUAGCUGUCAAAAAAUACGUCGUUCUCGCACCUCUUUUCCUGCGUCCUGAACAACAGCCAGUAUCAUGCGUCUCCACUCUGUGCUCCUCGCGGUAUCGCUCUUCUCAGGGUCCCUAGCGUCCGUUGCAGCUGUCGUUGGUAAACAAGAAGAUACUGGCGUGGAAACCCUUUCCCUUGACGAGCUGUACGAACUCGCCAUCGCCGAAGGGGGUCAACUCGUCGUCAGGGCCGGUGGCGAUGAGAAGGACCAACAGGACGCUGUCGUCCAAGCUUUCCAGGAGAAAUUCCCGAAGAUCAACAUCACCCUUACUGUCGACCUGUCAAAGUAUCAUGACGGUGUCAUCGACCGAUCGCUGAACCAGACCGGGUUAGCAGGGACAGACGUUGCUCAUCUGCAGACACUCCACGACUUCAUCAGGUGGAAGGAAGAAGGACGUCUCCUCGCAUAUAAGCCAGCAGGAUGGGAUCAGAUUCCAGACAACAUCAAGGACGCUGACAAUGCCACCUAUGUAGGAAUCGCGUACUACUUGUUCGCCAACAACGUUGCCACGGCUAAAACCAACGUGUCUGAGGCGCCUACUGAGUUCCUGGACUACCUGGAUUCCAAAUGGGCGGGAAAGAUCGUGUCAACAUAUCCCAACGACGACGACGCGGUCCUUUUCCAGUUCUACAAGAUUCAGCAAACACACGGCUGGGACGCAAUCAACAGCUUCAUCGCGCAAGACAUCCAGUGGGUCCGUGGAACCGCCACUCCCGCCGCCCUCCUCUUGGCCGAUAAUGAUCGCGUCGUGUCAUUUACCACUGGCACUGGUUUCACAAACGGUAGUUCUGGGCUGUUCCAGCAGUUGCCAGGGAACGACUUUAGUCAUAUCAUUAUUUGGCCUCAGCGGGCCGCUAUAUUCGAGACAGCAGAACACCCUAAUGCUGCGAAGCUCUACCUAAACUGGCUCCUCUCUGAGGAACACCAGGCCGACCUCGGUGGAUGGAGUGUGCGCAAUGAUGUUGCACAACAAGAAGGUCUCAAGGCUUUAUCCGAAUAUAGCGGACAGUUGGACCCAGCCGCCUUUGAGCGAUUUAUGGUCGACCGCGCUCUUGUUGAACGUUAUCGAUUCCAGUUCGAGCAGCUGAUCGGCACGGCACAGGGUCUUAGUCCGCUAGAAGAUGACCUGUAGUGAGGUACUUUGGUAUAUCCUAGAAAUAUAAACCGAAAGUAAUUGCCAAAAUCCUGAACAUUGUGGAUUAGCACUGAAAAGGACUUUGAGAGUCAAUUGGCAACAGGAGGAUCG